AUUUCUUGUUUGGCACGAAGGAGCUUGUAAUUUUCAAUAGCACCGUCAUUGGGCUCUAGACCCUUCUUUCCGCUCCGGAAAAACGAACAACCCUUCUCAUCUCUCAACAACCUUCACUGCGGCGGAGGAGACAACGGAAGAACAUGGCAGCUCAAUUGUCAGCGGCGGCAACCUCCGCCCGCUCUUCUUUUCUCGGUUUUCCUUCCUCUCCUCCUUCCCUAAGGAACAAAGAUUUGAUUCCAUUAAGGCGCUUUACCACCUUCCAGGGAAAAAAUCCUGCUAUCGUUGCUUGUGCAAGCAAUUCUCCCAGGAGAUCAGCUACUAGACUCGCAUCUGUUUCAUCUCCACUUCUUACUGAUAAUCAAGCUCACCUCUCACUCAGAGUUCUUAUGUCUAGGAGACGAAAUUCUGAUAUCCGCGGACAAGCUUACAUAUAUCAUUGGUCUGGCUUCCGUAUCCCUGCAAAUUCUGAGAAGCCAGAAUGGUGGUGGAGGACUUUAUCAUGCAUUCCCUAUCUAAUAGCAUUGCAGAUGUCUGCAACUGGGUUUUAUCUAGAACCUUUACUUGACAAAUCUCGAAUUUUUAGGAGUUUGCUUUUUUAUAUUCCAGGAGUCUACAACCGAUUACCACAAUGGUUUCCCAUGCUAUACUGCUAUCUGGCUAUUGUAAUAGUGGUAAAAAAUAAGGACUUCCCCAUUCUAUUUAGGUUCCAUGUAAUGAUGGGAAUGCUAUUGGAAAUUGCUAUGCAGAUAGUAUGGGUUACAAGCAAUUUCAUGCCACUUAUACACUUCAAGGGAACGUUGGGGAUGUAUUACUGGGCUGGCGUGGCGGUCGCAUAUAUUGUCAUGAUGAUGCACUGCAUAAGGUGUGCUCUUCUGGGUACGUUUGUGAAGAUCCCUCUUCUUAGUGAAUCAGCUUUCCUUCAUUCUCUGUUUAGUUUAGGAGGAUUCCAACGGCCUUUUUAGGAUUUUUUGAGGAGUAUGUGUAAUGUGUAAUAUCUUGGGACUUCCUUAUACCACAUAAAGAGUAAAGGGAUGUGCUUAGUUAAAAUUCUAUUGUUUCUCUUA